CUGGGCUGCUCCAGACAUGUGGUCCACAUAUCCAUGUGUGCGCCUGGCCAGCACAUUUAUGAAUAUAUAUAUAUAGAUAUAUAUAACCUUAAAUUUUUUAUUUCAGAACCUUGCUUGACUCCAACUCCUACCAUCUCCAUCUAUCACAGCCAAUGAUGACCAGGGAUGAUGGGAGAUGGAGUCCUAACAAUAUCUGGAGGGGGUAGCACAGGUUCCUCAGUUCUGGUCCAAAGGCACUUUGCUGAAACUAAGCAGGUCCGGGGCUGGUCAGUUCUUUGAAUCAAGGCGAUUCACUUGGGAAAACCCGUGCCUUGAGUUCCAGAGGGUGGAGACACACAGGGAUGUGCAUGAGAUAGAUUAGUACGCUGCCUCUGUGCACCCUCUCUGAAAGUGCAGGUAGUUGAUUAUUUUCCCCAAUAUAUUUUUGUAGCUGAGGCAGAAACAAGCUAGCUGCAUACUGUUGGGCUUGCCCUUUCUUCACAGGAAGGGAGGGGUUGUCUUGAGAUAAUCUUGCAGGGUUCGAUGUUCCUUGGUUACCUCUAGAGGGGAAGCACAGCCUCUGAAAUUCUGGAGUUGGCCUGAGAACGGCUUCCACUGCCUCUGAGUGCAUAGCUCCCUUGCCGCAGAACUUUGCCACCAGCAGUUGUGACUGGCAGCCAAGUCAGCUUCAAGGCUAUGCUUCCCACUGGAUGGACUGUGAGACUGUGGCUUCUGUUUAUUCUCCUUACAAUGGUACAUGCAGAGAAGAUGCUGGAUACAGGUUCAUGCCAGCCUCAUCCCUCCUGCCACGAGUGCAUCCGUUCCCAUCCCAGCUGUGCCUGGUGCAAACAACUGGAUUUUGUGCAAGCAGGUGAGUCAGACAUGGAGCGCUGUGCCCCUCGGGUGGAGCUGGAGCGUCGUGGCUGCCUCCCCAGUGAGAUAAUGGAUCCGCACAGCCGGCAGCGUGUGCUGGAGGACAGGCCCCUGAGCAACAGCACCCAGCGCCAGAGCUUCACUCAGCUUGCCCCGCAAAGAAUUGCUCUUCAGCUUCGGCCUGGAGAGGAACAGAGGGUCACGGUGCGCUUCAGACGGGCUGAAGGUUACCCCGUGGACCUGUACUAUCUCAUGGACCUGUCGUACUCCAUGAAGGACGACCUGGAGAACAUCAAGCGGCUGGGGAACCAUCUGCUAGCUGCCCUACGUGACGUCACCACUUCAGUGAAGAUCGGGUUUGGCUCCUUUGUUGACAAGAUGGUGCUGCCCUAUGUGAACACAGCACCCUCCAAAUGGCAGCACCCCUGCCCUCACUUAAACGAGACCUGUCAGUCGGCGUUCAGCUACCAGCACGUGCUGACGCUCACAGACAACGCCAGCGAGUUCGAAAGCAGGGUCAGCCAGCAGCGUAUAUCUGGGAACAUGGACCCGGCUGAAGGGGGCUUUGACGCUAUCAUGCAGGCAGUCACUUGCAAGGAGCAGAUUGGCUGGCGUAACGUGACGAAGCUCUUGGUCUUCACUUCGGAUGGCACAUUCCACAUGGCAGGAGAUGGGAAGCUGGGUGGGGUCUACAUGCCCAACGAUGGCCGCUGCCACUUGGAUGCCAGAGGGCUAUAUACGAAAAGCCACCUAUACGACUACCCCUCAGUUGCGCACUUGGCCGAGGUGCUGUCUGAAUCUAACAUCCAGGCCAUAUUUGCUGUGACUGGGCCCAGGCUUUCUAUGUAUGAGGAACUGAGCAGGCUCAUUCCCAAGUCUGUGGUUGGGGAACUGAAGGAGGAUUCUAGCAAUGUGGUGCAGCUCAUCGCAGAUGCCUACAGUAGCCUCUCGUCCACCGUGAACUUGGUGCACUCUUCAGACCUUGCUCCUGGCAUCGCCAUUGCUUACGACUCGCAUUGCGGCGACUCGGAAACCUCUGGGCGCACGCAGGGUGGCGAAUGCCUAGGCGUACGUGUCAACCAGCAGGUGGAAUUCUCAGUACGGAUAAAGGCCACCACCUGCCUGCCUGGUCCCCAGAAGGUGGUCCUGCGAGUUCUAGGAGUGGGUGAGGAGGUGCAUAUAGAAGUGGCGACACUCUGCGACUGCCAGUGCGGAGAUACACAGCCCUAUGCGCCUCACUGUUCUGGCGGCCGUGGCAACCUCACCUGUGGCAUCUGCAGCUGCCAGGAGGGCCAUGCCGGCCGGCUGUGUGAGUGCAAGCCAGAGGAGCUGGUGGACGCAGAAGCCACGUGCCGGGAUGCGAACGACACGGGCCCAGUGUGCAGCGGCAAGGGCCAGUGUGUGUGCGGGAAGUGCCAGUGCAAUGCCCAGGCGAGCGGACCCCUCUGCAAGUGUGAUGAUGCUGGCUGCGAAAGGCACAACGGGCAGCUCUGUGGAGGCAACGGGCAAUGCAGAUGUGGCAACUGUGAGUGCCAUCAGAACUAUACUGGCAGUGCAUGCCAGUGCAGCCUGGAGACCAGUGGAUGCACACAGGAGGGCGUUGUAUGCAGCGGUCAUGGGCAUUGCGCCUGCAACAGAUGCCAUUGUGACGCUGGCUGGUUUGACAGUCACUGCAGCCGCUGUGCUGACUGCCAGACACCCUGUGAGGAGCACAGAAAUUGUGCGGAGUGCAGGGCCUUUGGAACUGGGCUGCUGCAGGAGACUUGUAGCACAUCCUGCAACCAGACGGUGAAUGUGGUGCCGGCCUCCGCCACCGACGAAAGAUGGUGCCAGACCAAAGCAGAAGAUGGCAGCCUCCUCAUCUACCUCAUUGAGAGGGACAACGAGGGCGCCAUCAUCCUGACUGUGAAUGGAAAAGAAGGUAACACAACCAAGAAGACAUUCAAGCUGGUACUGAGCUCAGUGCUGGGCUUGGUGUUUUUUGGGCUUUUCCUCAUAAUAGUCUACCGCAUCGUCUUGGAGAUCUAUGACCGGAGGGAGUUCAAGCGUUUUGAAAAGGAGAGGAAGCACGCCAAGUGGAAUGAGGUGAACAAUCCACUAUACCGGAGUGCCACCACCACAGUCAUCAAUCCCAAGUACAACGGUGACUGAGGAUUGGUGAAAGCCUUGAGCACUGUGCCAGCUGCUGGAUUUGGACUAGGGAGAAGCUGGGUUCGAAUCCUCACUCAAAAACACAGGGAUGUCUUCAUCUCUUAGCUUGGGUCUAUCUACCUCGCAGAAUAAUCCCAAGUAAUAAAAUUUAAACUUUUUCCCAGGGGGCGGGAGGGAAGGGAACUGGAUGCGAUUUCAUAAUAAAACUGGUUAACGAAU